AGUUCCUGCGGGUGACCAAGCAGUACCUCCCUCACGUGGCCCGCCUGUGCCUCAUCAGCACCUUCCUGGAGGAUGGCAUCCGCAUGUGGUUCCAGUGGAGUGAGCAGAGGGAUUACAUUGAUGGCACGUGGAACUGUGGCUAUUUCCUGGCCUCCAUCUUUGUGUUCAUAAAUCUCCUCGGACAGCUGAGCGGCUGUAUCCUGGUGCUGAGUAGGAACUUUGUGCAAUAUGCCUGCUUUGGACUGUUUGGAAUUAUAGCAUUACAGACUAUUGCAUACAGCAUUCUAUGGGACCUGAAGUUCUUAAUGAGGAACCUUGCCCUGGGGGGAGGUUUGCUGUUGCUCUUGGCUGAGUCACGCUCCGAGGGGAAGAGCAUGUUUGCUGGUGUCCCCACCAUGCGGGAGAGCUCCCCCAAGCAGUACAUGCAGCUGGGGGGCCGUGUGCUGCUGGUCCUCAUGUUCAUGACGCUGCUACAUUUUGACAUGAACUUCUUUUCUAUUCUGCAGAACAUUGUGGGCACAGCCCUGAUAAUCCUAGUGGCAAUUGGCUUCAAGACUAAGCUGGCUGCCUUGACUCUAGUCAUCUGGCUGUUUGGCAUCAACAUCUACUUCAAUGCCUUCUGGACCGUCCCAGCCUACAAGCCCAUGCAUGACUUCCUCAAAUACGACUUCUUCCAGACCAUGUCUGUCAUUGGGGGGCUGCUCCUCGUGGUUGCACUGGGCCCUGGUGGAGUCUCCAUGGAUGAGAAGAAAAAAGAGUGGUAACAGGAAUAGCAACACUUCUUGGGACAUAACAUAUUAAGUCCAGAACUGAUUCUCUAUGGAUUCAACAAAAAACUGCCAGCAUUUUACACGUACAUGCCCCCUUCCUCUUAAAGGCACAGAUGUUUUGAAUUUGAUUUACAGUGGCAACAGUAAUGUAAUAGAUAAACCCCUGUUUCUUCAAGGAAUGUUGCCUAGGCUUAAUCUAACUUCCUAGAUUUGGAACUAACCCAAGGAGCCUGCAUUUUGCUGAUGCUUCAGUGAGUUGCAGUAGGAGAGUUGCUGUCUUUCAUGGCAGCAAUGUUUUAAAAUUUGAAGUACUGUGAGCAGAUAGAGCUGAAUCAUGGAGUGGGCUGUUGGGUUCCAGCUAUAACUAAAAAAGUGGAUCCCCUUUCUCACCCUCAUCAAAGCUGUCUUGUGCAUAAGGAGUUCCACUGCUGGUUAUAGCAUUUCUUAUCAAGGUGGAAAGCAGCAGCAGCAGCAAAAGAAAAAUCAUGUUCUUUUGCUGCUUAAAAGGCCUGUAAUUCCAUUUUGUUUAAUAAGAGGGGAGGUCUUUCCUGCCCCCCCAAAAAAGGCAAAAGAAAACCUGACAGUAGUUUUACCUGCAUCUAGCUAAGAAAAGGGAGAGGGUUUUCUAACAUGUUCCAGUUCUGCUUUUGAGGAGAACAAGGGAGAAUCCUGUCGUGCUAAUCAGGCAUCCUGUAUGGCUAAUCA